AGUUCGGAACACGUCACCGGGAGAAACACUUCUUCGACUCAUUCGCCGGUGUUCGUUUCUCCGAUAAAUCGACAAAAUGGUGUUAAUGACGAUGAUAGCCCGAGCGAGUGACGGAAUGCCCCUUUCGGCAUCGGUUCAAGAGGAUGACGAGCUACGGAAGGUCAACACCGAGUAUCAGAACCAGGCGAAAAUGCUCUGCAAGAAACUGGGAUCAUCUGCCAAUCAACGAUCGACCAUCGAAACGGGAAAGUAUUACUUCCACUAUUCAAUCGAGGGCGGCGUCAUUUUCCUAACGCUAUGUGAGCGUUCGUUCACUCGGAAGCAAGCAUUCGCUUUCUUAGAGGACAUCUCUCACGAGUUCCUUCAAUACUACGGCAGCAAAGUAGCCUCGGUCGCCAGACCGUACGCCUUCAUCGAGUUCGAUACGUACACCCAGAAGGCGAAGAAGAACUACUCGGACGCUCGAGUUCGGCGUAACUUGGUACAGCUUAAUAGCGAACUGAACGAUGUUCACCGCAUCAUGGUUGAGAAUCUCGACGACGUUCUGCAGAGAGGAGCAAGCUUGAGUGAACUCGAUUCAAAAGCAUCAAAUCUCAACAUCUUGAGCCAGAAGUACAAGAAAGACGCCACGACACUCAACAAGCGGUCGCUGUACAUGAAGAUGGCAGCCGGUGCUACCUUCGUCGCUAUUCUGCUCCUCUACUUUUACGUUUUCUGAAGCUCGUCCUGAAGUCAAAGAGAGCCGGCCCACGUAUAAAUGUCGUCGGAAAAAGAAGCAUUUGUGAGCGAAGUCUGACUUUUAUUCAUGAUCAAAAAAAUCAAUAGUGUAUCUUCCAAACUCCGAUUGCUUGCUGUGGGUGGCGAUGGAAAUCAUCAGCACUAGUUGAUCGACGGGCGGUCGGACGAACGUGUGGACUGAGUGAUCGAAAGGCUAGCUAUUUCCGCGAUGCUGUACUUGUACAUAUGGUUAGGGGAAAAUGUUAAGUAUGAAAUACAAUAAUGUGAUACCUCG